UGGGGACAAACGCGGAAUGGACACCUUUAAAAGCUUGUUCCUCCUCCGUUAUUGGCUGUUUCCUUGAGGGUGUCAUUUUCAGGUCGUGGAGAUCACUGCCUGUGUUUAUACUCUGUUCCACAGGUUCAGUCCUUGCAGACCUGGACUAGAACUUUACACAUCAACAUCGAGUUUAGGUCAGAAGAUCUGGGGCUUAGCAAGGUUGUAGUUGUGUCUCUAGAAAGCCAGAUAAGUUUCCAAGCUAAUGAAUAGAGUUAUGAGUGCUGUUCUUGUGUAGUUGUACCUGUCCUUGGUGCUGAAACUGACCGCUGCACUUCACGGAUUUGCUUUUGAGGGACUGUGCGACAACAAAUUAAACAAAACUGACGUGCAGUCAACGACAGAAGAAGGAUCUGGUAAAAACAACUUAAAAAUAUAGGACCUUUUUUUCCUUGGGACAAGAUCUAAAGGAGUUUAGCGGACUUUAAAUGGCCAGAAUUAUAAUCUAAAUUUACAGUUGUAAAUCUAUCAAUUUUCGCUGUAUCAUCGAAACCAGUGUCUGAAAGGACAAAUGCACAUUUGAUAUCGAUUUGUCUCGCGAUGGAGGUAUCAAACGGGUCGAGCUUUGGGAUCGAGUCUAUACUUUCUCACAGACCGACCAGCCCGUGUAUGUCAAAGGGGGAGUGCAGGUCUCCAGCGGAGUUGAGCCCGCGGUCGGAUCUGGACAGCGGCUGUUCGUCGCCUCCCUCCCCGAGACGGACCUCGGUGGAAGACGCGGUGCAAAGACACGCUCGCGCCCUCGGGCUGGACUCUCCUUUACAAAUAUCCCAGCAGCCGCGAACGGUCACGUCCUCGUUCUUGAUCAGAGACAUACUUGCGGACUGCAAACCCCUGGCUGCCUGUGCUCCUUAUUCCAGCACGGGACAGUCAGCACAAGAUAAUGAAGACUGCAUGGACAAACUUCACAGCAAUUCGUCCUCGGACAGUGAAUACAGGGUGAAAGACGAAGCUGAUCGCGAAAUCUCCAGCAGUAGAGACAGCUCCAGCUCCCGGCUGAAGAAGCCUCGGAAAGCGCGCACUGCGUUCUCUGAUCACCAGCUGGCGCAGCUAGAGCGCAGCUUCGAGCGUCAGAAGUACCUCAGCGUGCAGGACAGGAUGGAGCUGGCAGCGUCCCUCAACCUCACCGACACACAGGUCAAAACAUGGUACCAAAACCGCAGAACGAAGUGGAAAAGGCAGACAGCAGUUGGACUGGAGCUCCUCGCGGAAGCAGGGAAUUACUCAGCUCUACAAAGAAUGUUCCCAUCACCCUAUUUUUACCCUCAAAGUUUGGUGUCUAACCUCGACCCGGGACCAGGGUUGUAUCUGUACAGAGGGCCGUCCGCGCCUCCACCACCGCUCCAGCGGCCUCUGGUCCCGAGGAUCCUCCUGCACGGUCUUCAGGGCGGCGGAGACCCAGCGUCUCUCCCAGGAGUCAUACCGCGACACACGCCGCGAUGAACUGAUCCAACCUGACAAAAAACUCCAACCUCAGGAACGACAGGGUUGCGCUUGGACAAUACCCAUGUAUACUGAACAUACACACGCGCAAUAAUAGACUUUUCAAAUGAUGUUAACUAUUUAUUAAACUUUACCGUGCAGAAGUAGUAAUCAGAAAAUAAUCUGACGAGGUUCCAUCACCUCGUGAAUCUCCUGACUGUUUUCUGAAAGAAGUUGCUUUUCCCCUAAGAAAUGGCGUGUUUAUUUACACAAAAUUAUGAAGCAAGCAAACCAAAAUAAACAUCCUAAAAAAAACCCCACACAAUUCAACUGAACCAUAUGCAAUACAAUUGUGGAUUUUUUGUUGUUGAUAAAAAUGCAUUGUAAGAACAAAAAUAAUUAAACUUAAACAACGCUAAUAAUAACUAACAAAUGUAAUUAUAGCAAAUGUACUUUGUCACCGAUUAAUGUGAUGGUGGUGGUAGUGCUGUGCGGCUGUUUCACAAGUUAAACCGUUUUUCUAAUGAAAUGCACAGAUCAGCGCAAAAAUGAGCCUACUAUGGCACUUAAACCUGUUCAGACAACGAAUCCGUUUUUGUGGAAAUUGUGUUGUGUUCAUGGGUAGUUUACAACCCGGUUCAGCAGACGCCAAAAUACUUUUCUAAAUAAAGACUGUGAAUUUGUCACAUAUGGCAGAAGUACUUUAUUCUUAAACAUUCUCUUGGUCAAACAGUUUUUGUAUAUUAGUUGUGAAUAUAUGGUGCAUAUAAUGAGCUUUAAAAUAAGCAAAAAUGUCAUUUUUACAGCUGGACAUCAAACCAACAGCCCGUGAACGAAGUACGCAAUAAAAACAAAAUCCUUUC